CAAGUUGGAUUCUUCGUAGCUGUUUCCUGUGGCCGUCCUCAAGAGUUCGCUGAACGAGAAAGCAACGAAGAUAGAAUAGUACCCCCUUUGUGAAGACUUGUUCUCUUCCUCCAUUGUAUAAAUGCGCACACAAACUUCUUGAUUAGGAGUACCUGGGGUGGUCGAUCCGAUUCAAACACUCGUCUCUUCUCCUCGCCGCUGUGCAUUGACGUUGUGGUUUUCUCACCGAAAAAAUGCCAAGAAGGAACACUUAUGCAGAUCAUUCGCGAGACCCCCGAGUCGCGGAAGAAGGAGAAGAAGAUUACUACGAAGUGUUCCUGAGCUUCUGCGGCGGAGACACUCGCGCCGGCCUGACUGACCUCCUCUACAGGAGCCUGGUCGGAGCGGGAGUCUGCGUCUACAGAGACAACAACGAGCUCCACACAGGCGAGCUGUUUGGACCAGAGCUUCUCAGCGCGAUUAGGCGAUCUGGGAUAUUGAUCCCAAUCCUCUCGAAAAACUACGGCUCGAGAGAAUGGUGCCUCCGUGAGCUCUCACAGAUGAUGGAGUGCAAGAGACGCAGUGAUGGGUAUGUGGUGUUGCCUGUAUUUUACGGGGUGAAGCCAGCGGAGGUGCGGCACCAGGUGGGGAUUUUCGGGGAGGGAUUCCGAUCCGGUACGAAGUGGUUCGAUGAACGGGUUGUGGAGGAUUGGAAGCAGGCGCUCCGAGAAGUCUGUUCCAGAUUGGGAGAUGAAUCCGGGAGAGGGCAGGAAACAGAGUUAAUCAAGAGGGUAGUUGAGCAGGUUUGUGGCGCGUUAGAGGAAGCCCAUCAUCUCACCUGGUCCAUGGAGACGAAGGUGAGAGCGAGACUGGAAAAGGAUUAUCACCAUGAGUUGACGCUCCCCGAGAAUGCGAAUCGUGCUGCGAAGGAAAAGUUAGCUCACGAUUUUCACGACAAUCUGAAGCGGACGCCGGUGCCUAGGAGCAUGCGGAGUGAUGGGAAAAUGGUCAGGAACAAAAUACACAUAACUUUGCAUGAGUACCCACCGCCUUGAAAUUUAUACUCCAUGACUCAGGACAGGAUGGAGCAAUAAGUUCGUAACGUAUUGCCUCGAAGCUUUGCUUCAAAACCAUGUGACCUCCAAACCAGUUUUUCUUACCAUGCUUGUCCUGGACCAGUUCCUACGUUUUGUUUGGGUCGAGCUUGCAGUUCAUUGUUCAAUUUCGAUUUAUUUA